AUGGUAAAGAUAACGCAUGGUGUCCACCUGAGAGAGGCUCUCUAUAGACAUGUGUCGAGAAGUAACUCCAUCUGUGUAGGAUCUGGUGAAUUUGCUCUGUCUCCCCGUAAUUUACAUAGAAACCACGGAAAAACGUGUGAAGGACAACUGAACUCAACAUUGACGUCGUCUCCCGUAAAGAAGAUCGUCAUCCGGACAAGAACGACUGGUGGUGUUGUGAGUGGUGAUGGUGGUGACACUUCUCUUGGAAGGUCUUCAGGUGUAUCCAACGCACCCGAAUUACCUUCAUCGUCACCUUACAGGAAAAGAUUCAGGGUGAGUCCACCCCGAGUUUAUAGAGUCGAUCAUGAGCUCAAUGUCUUUCUCAGAAAAUACCACGAGGAAGGUGUUGUGAGUUUGGGGUUACAAGAUGUCAGUUUUAGAAGUCCAUGUAGAGGGGAGCAAGACGAAAACGAAUACAACCAGAGUGAACUGAGAGCAAAAAUUCUAUACUAUGACACACAUGUCGAAGCCUUGAUAGAAAUUCCAAAGACACUAAACGUGAAAAGAAGUAUACUGAUACUACAGUUGCGACACAAGUUGAAUGAUAAGCAAGGGGGGCAGCGCCGGUGCAAAGUGACCACCUUCACUCCUCGAAGUGAAGCUGCUUGGUUUCGGAGGAAACUCGCAGAAGCAAAACUUCCGCUUUAUGAUAGUUACAAGUACAUCAUCGUGAAAACUAGGAAGAGCUUGGUGGGGCCACUCAAAGAGAGUUUGGAUGAACUUUUGUAA